GAAUCAUGAAACUGUAUUAGAAUAAUAUAUAGAAAAUAUGACAUGUAAACGCCAAAACAUAAUACAUAUCCAUUUAUUGCCUCAAAACCAGCAGCAGCAAACGCUCUCUUCGCAAAUCGCAGCGCUAACAAGUGCAAUUACAGAGUGAGAUUUCAUGUGCUUUGCCCCGGAUCUUCGUAGCUUUUGUAUGCAUGAUGAUAUCUUUGGAUAAUAAAGAUGCUCUGCAGAGUAAUCGUGAGAAUUCACUAAAAAAGAUUCAAAACACAGGUUACUUCUGCUCUCCGUCACAUAAAGCCACCUACUUAGAAGGUUUUCCAGAGUUGGAAGAUGAUGCCCCUGCUCAAUCAGGUGCGGGUGCUGUAGAUCAAGAUUGCCCCUUAAGCAGUGAGCUAGUAGAACCUUCAGAGGAAUCUACGAAGAGGCCAUUAUAUUAUCAUGACUUUGGCAAAUGGUCUAGGAAUCCUGGCUGUAACAAUGCUCUUAUGUGCCAACUGAAUGUCUUUCACGCCCAUUUUCACCCUUUUGCAAUGAAUUACAGAUUUCAGCGUGUCCCAGUGCACAUGAUGGCUCAGAGUUAUCUACAUGAUAAACAAUUUCAAGAUUUUCAAUAUUUUGUGGUCAUCGACUUUGAGGCCACAUGUGACAAAGAAAGAAUUCCUUAUCCACAAGAGAUAAUUGAGUUUCCGUCUGUAAUAGUCAGCAGCAUUACAGGACAGCUAGAAGACAGCUUUCAGACAUAUGUUCGACCAACUUGUAACCAACACCUGACUGAUUUCUGCAAAGAUCUUACUGGCAUACAACAAGUCCAGGUUGACCGGGGAGUUUCGCUAAGUGAAGCUCUUCUUAGCCAUGACAAAUGGCUUGAAAACAAAGGAAUAAAGAACAGUAACUUUGCUAUAGUAACAUGGUCCGAUUGGGAUUGCCAGGUGAUGUUGGAAUCAGAAUGCCGCUUCAAAAGAAUCAGAAAGCCUCCAUAUUUCAACAAAUGGAUCAAUUUAAGAGUCCCUUUCCGUGAGGUGUUUGGUGGAGGGAGGUGCAACCUGAAAGAGGCAGUCGAGAAGGCCGGCCUAUCGUGGCAAGGUCGUGCUCACUGUGGCCUGGACGAUGCUAGAAACACUGCCUGCCUUCUGGCUUUGCUUAUGCACAGGGGAUUUAAGUUCUCCAUUACAAACUCAAUCACUUGUGAAGAAUCCGUGACGUCGAAUGCGACUUCAGAGAAGCCGGUGUUCGUUGCGCCGCGUGCACAAAGGCAGCACCAGCAGCCCCUUUGUUAUUGUGGGGUGAAAAGCAGCAAAGGGAUAGUGAGGAAGCCAGGUCCUAAGCAGGGGAGUAUCUUCUUCGGAUGUGGGAACUGGUCGGCUGCAAGAGGCGCCCUUUGCCAAUACUUCCAAUGGGCUUCUUUGUGAUCAAUCUACCUAUUUCUAUAAUAUAUUAUUUGGGGAAUAAUACGAUUAUUUUCUUUAAAUAAUUUUCAAGUUUUGUGUGUGUGUGUGUGUGUAUGUGUGUGAUAAGCUUGAUGAUGAGAAGCACUUCUUAAUUUCAGUGAGUAAAUAAUGAAAAUUGAGAAGCAUUGUAGGAUCAA